AUGAAGUCUUUUUUCACAGCUCUUGUUUCUCUCCUCCCUUUGGCCACUGCCCUUCCCCUAAUCUCCUCUGAAUCUCCAAAUGCACAACCAAAAUCACUCUAUCCAUUCUCCUCUAGCGGAAGUAAUGCUAGAGUAGCUGGCCGUCUCUUCAACAUCGAUGGGAAAGUCCAAUACUUUGCAGGCACAAAUGCUUGGUGGCUUGCACAUCUUUCAUCCAACAGCGAUGUAGACCUCUCAUUCUCACAAAUGGCCGCUACGGGCUACAAAAUUGUACGAGUAUGGGGCUUUGGCGACGCAAAUACUCCUCCACCUUCCACCAACACGGAUCCAAAUCUUGUCUACUUUCAAAUUCUCAACUCUACAGGAGCAUAUAUAAAUUAUGGUGCCGAUGGUCUUCAGCGACUAGACUAUGUGGUUCAUGCAGCUUCUAAGUAUGGCCUGAAGCUGGUACUGAACUUUGUUAACAAUUGGGGUGAUUACGGUGGAAUCGCUGCCUAUACUAAUGCCUUUGGUUGUUCGUCAACAUCUUUCUACACCGAUGCAACUUGCCAAAAGUUUUAUAAGAACUACGUCAAAACAAUCGUCACUCGUUACCGCUCUAGCACUGCCAUCUUUGCUUGGGAACUCGGUAAUGAACCGCGCUGCAAUGGUUGCGAAACAUCUGUCCUUACCAAAUGGGCUACAGAUAUAUCAAGCUACAUCAAAUCCCUCGAUUCAAAUCAUAUGGUUACAUUGGGCGAUGAGGGAUGGUUCGCACCCGCUGAUGGAAUCGGUGAUGGAAGUUAUGGGUAUGGAGGUGGAGAAGGUAUUGAUUGGGUCGCGAAUUUGAAGAUCAAAACAUUAGAUUAUGGAGUAUUCCAUUUGUAUCCAAAUAGUUGGGGAUACAAUUACACAUGGGGAAAUGAGUGGAUUGAACAACAUGACAAGGCUGGAAAAGCGGUUGGAAAACCGGUCAUCUUGGAAGAGUAUGGGACGCCGUUCCCGUAUAAUCAUACGGAGACUGAAGGACCUUGGCAAGCAACGGUACUUAAAUCUGGAAUAGCUGCAGAUCAGAUCUGGCAAUUUGGUCCUAAUGGAACGAGUGUGCCAGCGGAAGGUUUUGGUGAUGUCAAUACUAUCUAUUACAAGACUCCGGAGUAUGCUACACUUGGGACGGGUCAUGCUAAGGCGAUGUUGAAGAAGAAGGUAUGA